GCAGAGGAAGGGAGUUAAGGUACGUGGCGUGUAGUAGAGCAGAGGAAUGGAGCGACGAGAAAUGAGAUAGAAAGGGGAAGUGAAUGAGCGUAGAAAAGAAAGGACAUGGCCAUGGGCGUGGGCGUGGCAUUGGCAUUCACCAGCAACAGUCUCACUUUCCCUCGCUACAGCUCUCCAAUUCCAAAUAAAAUCCAUUUUCUCCGUCAAAUUGUUUGCAAAGCAGAGCUCCAGGUUCAAACCCGCGUGUGGAAUUGGAGGGGUUAUUCUAUUCGAUAUCAACAUUCUGGGAACAAUGGCCCUGCACUACUUUUAGUUCAUGGUUUUGGAGCUAACAGUGACCACUGGAGGAAUAAUAUUUCAGUUCUUGCACAAUCCCACCGGGUUUACUCCAUUGAUCUUAUUGGAUAUGGAUAUUCAGAUAAACCAAAUCCUCGUCAAAUCAGAGACCCUUCCUUUUACACUUUUGAGACAUGGGCCUCUCAGUUAAAUGAGUUUUGUCUUGAUGUCAUCAAGGAUCAACCAUUCUUUAUAUGCAAUUCUAUUGGAGGAGUUGUUGGUCUUCAGGCAGCUGUGCUAGCACCUCACAUUUGCCGGGGCAUUCUCCUUCUCAAUAUAUCUCUACGUAUGCUUCAUAUAAAGAAGCAGCCUUGGUAUGGAAGACCUUUCAUCAGAUCAUUCCAGAGAUUGCUUAGGGAUACUGCUGUAGGCAAAUUCUUCUAUAAAGCUGUAGCCACAAAAGAAUCUGUGAGGAACAUUCUUUGUCAGUGCUAUCAUGACACCUCCAAGGUGACAGAUGAGCUAGUGCAGAUCAUCCUUAGUCCCGGUCUGGAACCUGGAGCUGCAGAGGUCUUUCUUGAGUUUAUUUGUUACUCAGGUGGCCCUCUUCCUGAGGAACUACUACCCCAAGUAAAGUGCCCAGUUUUGAUAGCAUGGGGUGACAAGGAUCCUUGGGAACCAAUUGAACUUGGAAGAAAUUAUGAAAAUUUUGAUUCUGUUGAAGACUUCAUUGUCCUUCCAAAUGUUGGACAUUGCCCCCAGGAUGAAGCACCUCACCUUGUGAACUCACUUGUUGAGUCUUUUGUGGCACGCCAUGCUAAAUCCUCAUCUAGUACCUCCCACUGUUAAUUGAUUCACUGUCAAUCAGUUUGUUGGUGUUGUCGAUCUCAUUGAAAUCGUGUACAUUUUUCCAUUUGCUUCCACUAAGAUCGGGUUGCAUUUUUUGUUCAGUAUAAGCAUUAUGUCCUUGUAUAGUUGCAAAUUAUGCGUGGUUGAUAUGAGACAAUUUAUCCAACAUGAAUGCUAGCCUUGGAACCCUACAUAAUUUCAUAAUUGUCUCGUGUUACAAUGGAAUUAUAUUUCUCAA